UUUGAUCUGAAGGACUGGGAUCAGCACAUUAAGGGAAGUCUUCACAUCCAAAAAUGUAUGGCUUUUUCAGAUAACACUGGUAUCCGGUGUGUGUUAAGCUCAGCAGAUGGAACAUUGCAUUUAUCACCAAAUAGUGCAGCAGUUUUCAAUCCAUCUAGUAUCGAAGAUUACCCACCAAAUGUCGGCUCACCUUUUAUCACUACGUCAGCAAGAUCCUUUGGCCAGCCAGGUCCUACAUUUUCUUCUCCUCCAUCAGGGUUUCCCCAGAGGAAAUCUACACUGGGUCGAGUUGUUCACAUCUGCAACCUCCCGGAGGGAAGCUGCACAGAGAAUGAUGUCAUUAACCUGGGCCUCCCGUUUGGGAAGGUCACCAACUAUAUCCUCAUGAAAUCCACUAAUCAGGCCUUUCUGGAAAUGGCUUACAGUGAAGCAGCACAAGCCAUGGUGCAGUACUACAAAGAAAAACCUGCUAUGAUAAACGAUGACAAGUUACUUAUUAGGAUGUCUAAAAGAUACAAGGAAUUGCAGCUGAAGAAACCAGGUAAGAAUGUGGCUGCUAUCAUCCAAGACAUCCACUCGCAGAGAGAGAGGGACCUGCUGCGUGAGGUGGACAGGUAUGGCACGGAGAGGCCCCGCUCUCGCAGCCCCAUAAGCCGCUCCCUGUCGCCCCGAUCCCACACUCCCAGCUUUACUUCCUGCAGUUCACCCCACAGCCCAAUGGGGACUGGCAGGACUGACUGGGGAAAUGGGAGAGAGUCGUGGGAUCAGUCCCCGUAUUCUCGACGGGAAGAGGAAAGAGACAGCAGAGAAUGGCGAGAGAAUGGGGACGAGAAGAGGGACAGGACUGACACAUGGGUACAUGAGAGGAAACAUUAUUCCCGACAGCUGGACAAGUUUGAUUUGGAUGAACGGAUUGAAGGAGGCAGAGGGCACAGAGAAAAAUACUUAAGGAGUGGUUCCCCUGGCUCCCUUCACCCUUUAUCUGGCUACAAGAGCAGGGAAGAUGACUAUUACCGAAAAACCUCUAAGUCAAAAUCUGACAAGUUUCAGAGGCAGCUGCAGGAUUUACCUGGGAGAUCUAAGAGAAAGGAAGAGUCAAAGUUAAGGGAACGCAGGCAUUCUUACAGCGAGGACGCUGGCAGGGAGGAGGCAGCUGAACAGAAGCACAGCAAAGCAUCUGAGGGCUCCAGGCAAAAACAAAGUGAUAAGAAUAAGGUGAAGAAAGCUGAAAAAGACCAAGAGGAAGAUGCUGCUGCUGAAGGCAGUGACGUGAAGGAAACCAAACCUCCUGAGAAUGAGCUUGGAAAAGAGGAGCAAGUUCCAGAGAAGAACUCACCUUCAGCAAAUAAACAAGGAAAAGAAUCUGGAGAGAUUCUGGAAAACACAAGAAAAGAGAAGGACCGAGACUGGGAGAGUGGAAGUGAGAUAGAAGGUGAGACCUGGUAUCCUGCUAACAUGGAGGAAUUAGUGACAGUAGAUGAAGUGGGAGAAGAUGAUUUAAUUAUGGAGCCGGAUAUAACUGAACUUGAAGAAAUAGUACCAGUUGAUCAAAAAAAUAAAACUGCUUCAGAAAUGUGUCCCUGUAUGUCAACCAUGUUAGAACUGAAAAACGAUCACAGCCACUUAACCAGGAGUGAAGACAAAUUUGCCCAUAAAGCUUUAGAAACAAACUUCAGAUCAGCAAAGGGCAGUGUAGCUUCUAGCGGCUGUCAGGAUGAUGAGGAGGAUGAUGAUAAUGAUGAUGCUGUAACUGAAGCAUCAAGCCUAAAUCUGGACCCUGAGCAGAAGCCAGAGGAAUUGCAAGAAGACCAAUCUGCUAAGGAGUCUGAUCCCCAGCAGAAGGAAGGAAAAAUUGAUAAGAGCUCUGACACUCGCUUAGAGCCCGAAGAUCACCAUAUACCUUCUGUUCAUCUGAAAGAAGAGACUCUCCAGCUCCCUGAUACAUUUAUAGAUGAUUACAAACAGAUGGGAUCACAAGGAGCUGAGAGCAGAAAAGUUAUGGAAAUGCUUGUUAAAAACGCUAGUGAAGAAACAAGACACGGAAGCCAAGAGUGUCCAGAGGCCAAGGCAAAUUCUAGGUACCUGGAAAUGAGAUCUCUGGAAUACCCGGAGGUAGAUUCUAAAAGAAGGCACUCUCCACCAGGCUGGGAACAAGAGGACGUCUUCACCGAACUCAGCAUUCCCCUGGGUGUGGAAUUUGUGGUGCCUAGAACUGGGUUUUACUGCAAGCUCUGUGGACUCUUCUACACAAAUGAAGAAACAGCAAAGACAAGUCACUGCAGAAGUACUGUUCACUACAAAAAUCUUCAGAAGUAUCUGUCCCAGCUUGCAGAAGAGAGUCUGAAAAUGAAGGAAGAAGGCAGCCAUCUGCCUCAGGAUGACACUGGCAUUGUUCCUCACUUUGCAAAGAAAAAACUAUGA